AUGGAUAAAACCCGAACCGGUUUCUAUAAACCCGAAUCUCAUCACUGCUCCAUUUUCCGUCCACCGGAAACACCCCGUGAACCAAUGGAGUUCCUCUCUCGUUCAUGGAGCGUUUCCGCUUUAGAAAUCUCCAAAGCUCUUAACGCUUCUCCCUCUAAUACCACCAUACCGGAAAAUAUCACCGGAGAAUCCGAAGAGUCACCCUCGUUAAACCCGUUUUCUUUUGCCUCCUCGGAAACAUCUCAAAUGAUAAUGGAACGUAUCAUGUCACAAUCCGAAGAUGUUUCUGUAUCGCCACGAACCUCAGGGAGACUCUCUCAUAGUAGUGGACCUUUAACCGAUAGCUCUCCGGUUUCACCAUCUGAAAUCGACGAUAUCAAGUAUGGUCGUGCCAAAAGUGCCGGUGUGAGUUUAAGCGGUUAUUUGAAGCCUCCUGGCAGUGGUGGUAAGACGGUUGGAAGGUGGUUGAAGGAUAGGAAGGAGAAGAAGAAAGAAGAAGCAAGGGCCCGUAAUGCUGAGGUUCACGCUGCGGUUUCCGUGGCAGCUGUUGCCGCUGCAGUUGCUGCUAUCGCAGCGGCCACCGCUGCUUCCUCCGGGUCUGGUGAUGACGAGCAGAUUGCAAAGACGGACUCGGCUGUGGCGUCUGCAGCGACAUUGGUUGCGGCUCAAUGCGUUGAGACGGCUGAGUCUCUGGGGGCGGACAGGGAACAUCUUACUGCCGUGGUUGCCUCCGCCGUGAACGUUAGAUCAGCUGGUGAUAUCAUGACAUUAACGGCUGCUGCUGCAACAGCUUUGCGUGGGGCUGCGACCUUGAAAGCCAGGGCUUUGAAGGAAGUUUGGAAUAUUGCAGCUGUGAUUCCGGUGGAGAGAAAUUUGGGGGGUUCGGAUGGUGGUACUGGAAGUUCAAAUAGUAGCUUUAGCGGCGAGUUUGUUCGAGAAGAGAAUUUUUUGAGUACAUGCAAUAGAGAAUAUCUAGCCAGAGGUAGCGAGCUUCUCAAGCGCACAAGGAAAGGCGAUCUUCACUGGAAAGUUGUAUCUGUAUAUAUAAACAGAAUGAAUCAGGUUACUUUGAAAAUGAAGAGUAGGCACGUUGCUGGGACCAUAACAAAAAAGAAAAAGAAUGUGGUGGUUGAACUAAUCAAAGAUAUGCCAGCUUGGCCGGGCCGCCACUUGCUGCAAGGCGGCGAGAAUCGUCGUUACUUUGGGUUGAAAACACUAAUGCGCGGUGUUGUUGAAUUCGAAUGCAUGAAUCAAAGAGAUUAUGAUGUUUGGACUCAAGGUGUUUCCAGGCUUCUCUCUAUUGUUGCUGAGAAGAACAACAGAAAUAGAUUUUGA